AUGACUAAUCUCUUAUCUUUAUCAAAGCGACCGACAGGGAAAAGAAGUCGAAAGGAAGCAAGAAAGACGAACAAACGAGCAAAGAUGGCGCGCGGGAGUAGGAUAAGCGCAGAUGGCGGUGCGGAUGGAGGGGAUGCAGCUGUUGGGGCUGAUGCUAUACCCCAGGAAGAUCCCCAGGCUUACAACUCGGAGGAAGACUCAGACUUCGACGAGCAAGCAGCAGCUCAAGAUGCGGCGGAGAGCGCAUCAGAAGCUGAAGGAGAAGGAGGAGAUGUGGACAGCGAGAGGCCAAGGAAGAAGAGGCGACUAUCUGGUGAAGGUAAUGGGGCGGAUGCGGACAGUGACGAGGAGUUCGCGGAACCUGAGCUGGAGUCCGGAGACGAAGCUAUGAUACGACGUGCAAAGGAGAGAAAGGAAAAGAGACGGGCCCAGAAAACUGGCAGUGGAGCUGCAAACGGUGCAGCAGGCAGCGAAAGUGAUGACUUUGACACAGACGACGAUGAUGAGGGUGGCGAGGGAGGAUUUGUUCGCACUCGAAGGAUGCGCAUGAGGGUGCAAGAAGAGAAAAAGGCACUGGCAAAAACCGAUGGCGCUACAAUUGACGUUGACUCAAUAUGGCAGCAGAUGAACCGGCCGCAGACACAGAGUGCGGCGAAUGAGACGAAAAGCAAUAACGCAGAUAGCAUCACGGGGGAAACACAAGCUACGUCCUCGAAUCUCCCGCUGGAAGAAAUGAUAACCAUACGGCGGACGUACAAGUUCGCUGGGGAAAUGAUAACUGAGGAGAAAGUCGUUCCGAAGGACUCUGCUGAAGCGAAGCUCUACUUCUCUACAUUGAAUGCAGCUAAGAAGAAGGCUAAAGGAGCAGAAGGAGAAGCAGAUACAGCUACAGAUACAGACUCAAAGGCGGAUGGGGAUGGGGAGGUGAAAAAGCCGCUACGACGACCGCUCCGACGGUUCUCCCGCUUCGACCCUAACCCGCCGGACGCUAUCAAGAAGAGCUGGGAGAAACAGGCUGCCGUCGAGACACCUGGGGAAGAAGGAAACACAGCCAAGGGCCCCAAACUGAACACUGUGAUGAAGUCGAAACUCGACUGGGCCGCGUACGUUGACCGGGAGGGCAUCAAAGACGACCUAGAUGUACACAGCAAGGCGAAGGAGGGCUAUAUGGACCGGAUGGACUUCCUGGGCCGUGUAGACGCAAAGAGGGAGGAAGAACGACGGAAUGCGAGACUGAAGAAUGCUGGCUAUUGA